AUGGCCCGUGGUCUUGUCUCUCUUUGUGUUGGCGCCUUGUUGGCUGCCUUGAACCCCGUUGCGGGAGCUUCAACCGCUGCACUGCCCGCCGACCUUGUUUUUCGAAAUGGAAGCAUCUACACCAUGGGGUCUUGUGAUACCCCGGUAUCGGCAUUAGCUAUCCAUGGCGGCAAGAUCACUUAUGUCGGAGCUGAAAACAAGAUCAAGAACUAUAUUGGAAAGAAGACCAAGGUUGUAGAUCUUGAAGGUCGUAUGGCUAUGCCUGGACUGGUUGAUUCCCACAUGCAUCUCCUUUCUGGCGGUCUCUUCCUUCUUAAAUGCGACCUUAGCUACCAGACUCUGCCCAUCGAGGAUGUCAUCAAGCACAUUCAAGGAUGCCUUGAUGGUGAGACCGACAAGACCGACGACGACUGGCUUGAAGUUGUCAACAUGGACUACGCCGGUCUCGUUGAUAAGAGUGGCACCGUGGGCAAGGCUCAGCUCGACAAGCUCAACACCAAGCGCCCCAUCAUAGUCCGCUCCAGCGACUACCACACCGUCAUCGCCAACUCACGAGCGCUGGACCUUUCCAAGAUCGAUGCCAGCACCAAGGAUCCCUCUAAUGGCAAGAUCGUCCGCCUUCCUGGCAGCAACGAGCCAUCUGGUGUCCUUCAGGAUGAUGCAUACAACCUCCUGGUCGGACCACCUCCCGCCACAGAGGAGGAGAAUCUUGAAGCUGGCCGUGCUGCUCUCAAGCUCCUGCGUGAGGCCGGCAUCACCACCUUCCAAGAUGCCGCCGCAACCAAGGAGCAUCACACGGUAUUCAGUGCCCUCAAGAAGGAGGGAAACCUCACAUCGCGGGCCUACUUUGACUGGCGAAUUGAGGCCCCAAAGACUCUCGACGAUGUGCCCGCUCUUGUGAAAGAAGUUGUGGCUCUCUUCAAGGAAUACCACGACUCUACCACCAUCGGACCCAAGCCCACCACCAAAUGGCAGGCUGUCAAGGCCUUCAUUGACGGUGUCAUUACUUAUCCCGCCAACACUGCUGCUCUCAUCGAGCCAUACUUGCUUCCUGUCAACGGAUCAGACGACAAGUGGGCACCUGAUCCGGAUUCGCUAAACGACCCAUAUUGGAAGCCUGAGAUUCUCACCAAGACCCUUGAGCUUCUGUUCUUGGCAGGCAUUGACGCCCAAUUGCACGUUGACGGUGAUCUUGCAGUUCGAAUUGGUCUCAAUGCGGCUGAGUCGUUCCGCAAGAAGUAUCCGCGAAAGAGCUUCAAGCUGGGUCUCGCUCACGACGAGCUCUCCCAUGAGAAGGAUUGGCCAAGAUUUGCCAAGCUCGGUGUUGACCCGAUCGUCAGCUACCAAUGGGCGCAGCUUGCGUCUUCCUACAUUCCCGACACGUUCAAGUCAAUUGGUGAUGAUCGACUUGACAACCUGCAAGCCUGGGCUCAAUUCGAGAAGGGCGGACGACCUCUUGUGUAUGGAAGCGACUGGCCAAUUGAUCCCCUCGACGAAUUCCUUGCUCUCAAGGUGGCCGUGACUCGAUCGGGAGACACAGAAAACCCCAACUCGCCCGCCAGCCAAGGACCACCUUUUGUGGGCGUCUUCCCAGCAGGCGAGGGCAUUUCUCGCAAGUCUGCACUUCACUCAAUCACCAUCAACGGCGCCCGCUUCCUGCGGGCCGAUAAGCAAAUCGGCUCGCUCGAGACCGGCAAGCUGGCGGAUAUCAUCGUUCUCGAAAAGAACUUCUUCAAGGUUUCCGACGAAGAGCUUGGCCGACAGCGCGUUCUGCUCACAAUGGUCGGUGGAGAGGUUCUUUAUGUGGCUGACGGACAAGACUUUGGAGUCAAGGCCAAGUUCCCCAAUGACGACAAGACCAGCACAAAGCUUGCCCGCCGCACCAUCGGAGGCUUCGCCGCCAAGUCACUCUCGGAUGAGGGCAAGGCUAAUGCAGCAAAGCUGAGGAAGAGGGGGGCCUGCGUGCACAAGCACUGA